AUGCCCAAGACCGACUCCUCGACGCCACAACACAGCAAGGGCGGCGUGCCGAUUCAAAACUCGCAACAUACGGCCAAGGACACCAAUGACAGUCGUGUCCCGCUGUCUGCAGAGCCGGGGGUCUACAAGGACGAUGGUGUUCGACAGGUUCCCCUCUCUGCGGAACCGGGGGUUUAUAAGCACGAUGAUCGGAACAGCCCCAAGGAGGGUACGGCGGGGGAGAAGGGCGUGAGGAUAGAGAAUGAAGGCAAGGGAAUCGCGCCCAAAGUAUGA